AUGUUCGAUGAGAUCCUCGGCCAAGGAGCGGCCGCCAUUCGUUGGGACCUGAGGAUCUCUGUCGCUGCUGGCAUUCUAUCAAUCUUAAUUUUGACCAGAUUGAUAACUUCAAUUCGGUCGAAGGUUGCCCUGGGGCGUUCGGGAGAUGAUAAGACGCCUCCUAUCCUCCCGUACUCCCUACCUGGACUAGGGAAUCUAAUAUCAUUUGCAUUCGACACUAACAAGCUGCUCAGUGACAUCAUUAGCAAAUAUGGGCCAAACAUGCCAGUCCGCAUCAGAGUUUUGAAUACGAAGCUUCAUUUCAUUUCUGGCGCCGAGAGUGUCCUUGCCAUUUUCAAAGGCUCUAGGGACUUGACAACAGCUCCAGCCUCGAUACGGGUGCUUGAAAACGCCUUUGGAAGUCCAGCAAGUGUCCGACAUGUGUAUACACGAGACAAUACUGGAGUAUUUACCCAACCUCUCGAAGAUAGCAAUCCCUUGGAGCCGCACAACCGGAUCUUCGCCAUUACUCACAAGAGCCUACACGGUCUUCUCCAAGGUAAUGGAUUGAAGGAGUUAGCUGCCCGUUUUAUGUACUUCCUCGAAGCAGAGCUUUCAGCACUGGACGUCGGGCACGAUGAAUGGACCAACAUCCCGGAUUUCUAUGACCUGGUUAAGAAAUCUGUGUUUAAAGCUUCAACCACUGCGUUGUGUGGUCCGACACUGUUCAAGCUGAAUCCAGAACUCACGGAUGAUUUCUGGGAGUUUGACGUACACAUGCCGAUGCUUUUCAAGAACCUCCCGCGCUGGGUGAUUCCUCGGGCUUUCGCAAUAAGAGAUAAACUGAAGGCUUCUAUCUCGAAGUGGCAUGCAUAUGCGGAGGAAAGAUUCGACCAUGAAGACGAGGCGCUGCAGAAAUUGGAAUGGGAAGAGCUGUUUGGUACUAGAUUGAUGCGGUCGCGUCAUGUUGAAUUCCUUGCUGUUGAUGGGUUCAACGAAGACGCUGCUGCAGCUAGCGACUUGGGGAUGCUAUGGGGUACUAAUGCGAACAUUAUUCCCAUGAUUGGAUGGGAAAUGAUCGACAUACUGAUUCGACCUGAACUCCUUGCUCAAGUACGAGAAGAAAUCACCAGCAUCACCGGCCCAUCUGCCAAAGGUUCUGAUAUAGAAUCGCACAUGCCGAAGCUUCUUGCAAGCCCGCUCCUCCAGUCCAUAUACAGUGAGGAGCUCCGUCUCCGCAAUGGUGUCCUCGUUCAGCGAGUUCCUAUCGUCGACAAUUUCAAACUCGGCAACUGGAAAUUCCCAAAAGGUGACAUGAUUGUAACCUCGAAUUGGCAUGAGCAACGAGACAGGUCAGUCUGGAAUGAGGGACCAGUCAAUGGAGAGAUGCAUUCUGUUGAUGAAUUCUGGGCCGAGCGCUUCCUCGUCUAUCCCAACGAUCCCAACAGCGGUCCUGGGAAGCCCGGCCGAGAUACCAAGUCUAAAGCUAAGGUGGCAGUGAAAGAAGGAGAUAACAGCCCCGUGUUCACCACGGACUCGGUCACUGGAUCGUAUAUUCCAUAUGGAGGAGGUCAGAAGAUAUGCCCUGGUCGCUUCUAUGCCAAACAAGAAGCCAUGGGUGCCCUGUCGAUGUUCUUGACGAUGUUUGAUAUCGAAUUGGACAGUAAUGACCAGCCUCAGCCAAAUAUGGGGUACUUUCCUUUUGGAGUUCUUCCGCUACUGGGAACUUUCCCAGCUCGGAUGAGGAGGAGGAAGGUGUAG